AUGAAGACCAGCGUCGAGUAUAAAAUAUGUCUCGCUCUCACUCUCGCCGUGAGGAUGUAUGACCAUGCACUUGCCGCUCAUGUCGAGUACGCCGUCUGUGAUACAACACGCAGAGACCAGAUGACGACCCCUGAAGAACCGCACACGCGACAGUACAGUCAUAUCAACGGUACUGUCGCCGACCUCCACGACCGUCUGGUUGUAUCUGAGCUCUGCAAAGGCUGGGCAGUCUACCGCGAUGCUUCCGAAUGGAUGAACUUUCGAUCUCUCUUUGCAGAUGAUGCCACCGUCUGGACAACAUGGUCUGGCCCUCGAAAGAUCGACGACUUUAUAUCCAUCUCAAAAGCCGGCAAGGCUGCCGGUGCCUUUAUCCAGCACCGCGAAUGUGGCACCCUUGUCGAGCUGAACCGCGAAGUAGGCCGCGCCCUGGGCAAGAUGAAGGCGACCAUCACUCAGCGCUUCACCUCUGUGAACGGGGGGCCUGCGUUCGACGUCGACUGCGAUUGUCGCUUCUUGUUCUUCUGCGAAGCACAACCCGUCAGUGACAUCGGCCAGCCCCAUACAAAAGCCGACGCACCGAACGGCAAGGUGGUUGAGGGUGAGAUGAAGCCCAAACCAGAGGAGGGACCUUCCGACGAGCAGCAAUGCGAUGCUUCUGCGGCAACUAUAAGCUCGGGAACCAUGGAAGAUCGGAUUGCUGUCGAUCAGGAAGUAAAUGCCACAAGCGGCAACGUCCAGCACCAGGCCCAGACGGCCUGGAAAGUCCGCUUCGUCAAGCUCGUCUACGAGAAGGAUCGCGUGGUGCCCGUCGACGGCCGCUCGGCCCCCACGCGUCUCUAG